AAAACCAUCCAACUCUUUAUGGCCUCCAUGAAAACACAGCCACAAUGUAGAACAAAAAGAAAAGAGACCUCCCUUCACUUACCUUGCCUUCCACCCUUAACCUUUCCUCAAGACUCCAAAAAUAUGUCACUUUCUCCUCUCUUCCUGCUACUACAACUACUCAUCUUCUUCUCACUGUCUUACACUACCAUUUCCAUCCUCUCCAUGACCAUGGACCCUUUUGAGAAGGAGACCCUCUUCAAAGUCAUGGAGACUUUGUCCUCUGAUAAGAACUGGAAGACCUCCCACCCAGAACCAUGCAAUCCUGGCUCUUCAUGGCCUGGAAUUGAGUGCAAGCCUGCAGGGAAAGACAACCACCUCCAUGUCACAAGACUUAACUUUGGGAAUUCCCCAAACCCAACCUGCAAGAAAGAUGCCACCUUUCCUCCUGAAAUCCUCACCUUGCCUUUCCUAGAAUCCCUCUUCAUCUUCAACUGCUUCAAAACAACCAAAACCACACUAUCAAUAUUCCCCUCCAAACCUCAGCACCUAUCUCUGCAGCAGCUGAGCCUCAAGUCAAACGCAGCUCUGGUUGGUGUCAUUCCUCCUCUCAUCUCCUCCUUAACUUCACUCCAAGUCCUCACAUUGUCUCAAAACCAUCUCUUUGGCAAGAUACCACAAGGCAUCUCUAGCCUGACAUCUCUCAUUCACUUAGACCUCAGCUAUAACUCUUUAACAGGCUCCAUUCCCUUCCAGUUAGGCAUGCUGAAGAGUCUCACAGGCCUUGAUCUAAGCUACAACUCCCUCUCAGGACCCAUCCCAGCACCACUAGGCCAUCUUGUUCUUCUCCAAAAACUGGACUUGAGCUCCAAUUCACUCACAGGACGCAUUCCUGACACCUUUGAGAACCUCAAAGUCUUGUCAUUCUUAGCUCUCAGCAACAACAAGCUCAGUGGCAAGUUCCCAAAAGGUUUGCCAAAUCUAAAGAACCUCCAAUACUUCAUAAUGGAUGACAAUCCUAUGUUUAUCUCCCUUCCAUUCCAACUAGGAAGGCUUGCUAAGCUCCAAGAGCUACGUCUUGCCAACUCUGGCUACUCAGGCCCAAUUCCCUGGAGCUUUCAAUGGCUGACAAACCUCACCACCUUGUCACUGGAAAACAACAAACUUUCAGGACUUAUACCUUCCGGUCUUGCUCAACUUAACCGGAUAUACCACCUCAAUCUGAGCAGGAACUCAUUGGGUGGUGUAGUGCCCUUCAAUGAUAACUUCUUGAGAAGAUUGGGUAGGAAUUUGGACCUCAGUGGUAACUCAGGACUGUGUCUUCCUAGUUCUGAAGUCACUCAGAGUGACACACUUGGAGUUAGCAUCUGUGGUACUAAUAAAACAGUUUCAACAGUGCUGCAACCAUUGAGGAAAUCAUCAGAUGCAGAUUUACUUCAUAGUUCUCAAGUACUCACUCUUUUCUUUACUAAUCUUUGUUUCUGGUCUCUGUAUCAAUUACUGCUCUGAUUUACUAUUUCUUUUUGGCAAUUACUUGUUUCUGAAUUAGUCUAUAUUUUGUCUGGGGAUAUGAUCCAUAGGCAUAUAUAUAUGUUCUUGGAGUCUUUUAUGUGA